ACCCCAGAUAGUAUUUUAGAACAGUACCAAAGCAGCACGGUCUGCUGUAACUUUAUUGAACGUGUGGUCGAUAUUCUUCUAAUUGUCGAAAUAUUGUGUAGAUUCAGCCGGAUUCAGUUGUAAACACGAACGAAAUCAUUCGAGAUGUCUGCAGCAAAGCCUCAGCUCCGUGGUCUUCUCACUUCACAAAUAAAAAAGAAUUUUAUAGGAAUGACGAUAGUAAGUUUCACUGCAGCCGGAGCAUACAGUAUACUUGUUGCUGAACCUAGGAAGCAGAGAUAUGCUGAUUUUUAUAAAACCUACGAUGCGGAAAAACAGUUGAAGAUAAUGAACGAGGCUGGUUUUAUGCAAUCUUAUGUUCCUGGUAAAAAAUGAAAAUAGGAAAAUCGAUGGAUAUCUAAGGAAAUAAAGGAUAGUCUUCUUCAUAAUUAUUACAUAUAUAUAAUGAAUAAAUAAUUUGAAGUAGUA